UCUACAAGUUCUGUACUGCCAGUUUAUUCGAUUUUUAUGAACGUUAACAGGCAAAUCCCGGCGAACAAUGCCGUUAUAUCUGAACCCAAAAGAGAGACAAAAUAUCUGAUCUGAAAUGAACUGAACUAAACUGAACCCUCCAUAGAAGUAGAAGAAGACGGAGGGCUGCGUGCCGAGAUUAUUCCUACACACGUGUCAACCUGUGAAAGAACUGAUCUAUUUAUUUAGCACUGUGUCUUUGAUUUGAUUCGAUAGUAUAUAAUUUUAUUUUAUUUUCGAAAUCCAAUUCGAGAACGCGAUUUCGUUUUCCUUGUUCCGAUCAUUCGGGUCUGUGAGCGUGAAGUAAAGAAAUGGCGAAGAAUUUCGUCCGAGAAAACGUCCCUCUCUCGCGGUUCGGUGUGUUGGUAGCGCAGUUGGAGUCCAUAGUAGCCUCCGCAGUCCAACAGCCUCCGGAGCCACUCCUCUGCUUUGAUCUACUCUCCGAUCUCAUCUCCGCCAUUGAUGAAGAGCCUAAGGAAUCUAUUUUGUUAUGGCAAAGGAAAUGUGAGGAUGCAUUGUAUUCUCUACUUAUUCUUGGUGCUCGGAGGCCUGUGCGUCAUUUGGCAUCAGUAGCAAUGCGGAAGAUUAUAUCUAAGGGAGAUGGGAUUUCAAUAUACUCGAGAGCAAGCAGUCUACAAGGAUUUCUUUCCGAUGGGAAGAGGAACGAGCCGCAAAAAGUUGCUGGUGCCGCGCAAUGCUUAGGAGAGUUAUACAGACAUUUUGGGCGAAGAAUUACUUCAGGUUUACUUGAAACAACUAUGAUUGCCUCGAAACUUAUCAAAUUCCAUGAGGAAUUUGUUAGACAAGAGGCUUUACAUGUGCUUCAGAAUGCUCUAGAAGGCUCAGGUGGUGGUGGUGCUUCUGCAGCAUAUACUGAGGCAUUUCGUCUCGUCAUGCGAUUUGCUUUUGCAGAUAAAUCAUUUGUUGUUAGGAUAGCUGCCGCAAGAUGUCUAAAGGCAUUUGCCACCAUUGGAGGGCCGGGUUUAGGAGUGGGAGAACUUGACAAUUCAGCUUCUUAUUGUGUCAAGGCCCUUGAGGAUCCUGUUUCUUCUGUUCGGGAUGCAUUUGCUGAAGCAUUGGGAUCGUUGCUUGCUCUUGGAAUGAAUCCUGAUGCACAGGUUCAACCAAGGGGGAAAGGUCCUUUUCCUCCAGCAAAGAAGCUAGAAGGUGGUUUACAGAGGCAUUUGACGUUGCCUUUCACAAGAGCUAGUGGACCUCGGUCGAAGGAUGUUCGAGUUGGCAUAACCUUGUCUUGGGUAUUCUUCUUACAGGCUAUUCGUCUGAAGUAUCUACAUCCAGAUAGUGAGCUUCAAAACUUCGCUUUGCAGGUUAUGGACAUGCUCCGUUUAGAUACAUCUAUUGAUGCCCAUCCACUGGCUUGUGUUCUCUACAUACUUCGGGUUGGUGUUACUGAUCAAAUGACAGAACCUACACAAAGGAGUUUUUUGGUUUUUCUUGGAAAGCAUCUUCAAUCUCCUGAUGCCAGUCCUUCCAUGAAAAUUGCUGCUCUACGUACCUUAUCAUAUACCCUGAAAACCCUGGGAGAGGUUCCAUCUGAAUUCAAGGAAGUGCUUGAUGAUACAGUUGUUGCAGCAGUAUCUCAUUCUUCACAACUUGUACGAAUUGAGGCUGCUUUAACAUUGCGUUCAUUGGCUGAGGUUGAUCCUACCUGCGUUGGUGGUUUGGUUUCUUAUGGUGUGACCAUGCUCAGUGCUUUACGUGAGAAUCUUUCUUUUGAGAAGGGGAAUAAUCUGCAAUCAGAGCUCAAUUCUUUGCAUGGACAGGCUACCGUUUUAGCAGUUUUGAUGUCCAUCUCCCCAAAGUUACCUCUUGGUUACCCAGCUAGAUUGCCCAGAUCUGUGCUUGAAGUUUCAAAGAAGAUGCUGAUUGAAUCUAAUCGAAAUCCUGUAGCUGCCACAGUUGAAAAGCAAGCUGGAUGGUUUCUUUUAUCAUCUCUCUUAGCUUCCUUGCCAAGGGAGGAGCUUGAGGACCAAGUUUUUGAUAUCCUUUCCUUGUGGGUUGACCUCUUUACUCGCAAUCCAGAUCUGGAAACUAAACAUACUGGAGAUUUGACAUCAAGGAUUUGCAUGUGGUCUGCUGCAGUUGAUGCUCUUACAGCCUUUAUAAGAUGCUUUAUUACUCCAAAUUCUGUUAAUAAUGGGAUUUUUCUUCAACCAGUGCUUGUGUAUUUGAGUAGGGCUUUAUCCUAUAUAGUGGCAGCCAAGGAACUGCCAAAUGUGAAGCCUGAAAUUGAUGUAUUUAUCAUCAGAACAUUAAUAGCAUAUCAGUCUCUUCCUGAUCCCAUGGCAUAUAAGAACGACCACCGCCAGAUUAUUCAAUUAUGUACCAGGCCAUUUAGGGAUGCUGCUGGAUGUGAAGAAAGUUCAUGCUUGAGGUCUCUGUUGGACAAAAGAGAUGCAUGGUUGGGUCCUUGGAUUCCUGGAAGGGAUUGGUUUGAAGAUGAACUGCGUGCUUUUCAAGGUGGGAAAGAUGGCCUUGUGCCUAGCUUGUGGGAGAGUGAAGUUUCUAGCUUUCCGCAGCCGGAACCAAUAAACAAGACCCUGGUGAACCAGAUGCUCCUCUGCUUUGGAGUCAUGUUUGCUUGUCAGGAUAACGGUGGGAUGCUGUCACUUCUUGGAAUGAUUGAGCAGUGUCUGAAAGCUGGAAAAAAGCAACCAUGGCAUGCAGCUAGUGUCACCAAUAUAUGUGUGGGGUUACUUGCAGGGUUCAAGGCUUUGCUUAAUCUUCGUCCACAGCCAUUAGGACUGGAUAUUUUAAAUUCUGCACAGGCUAUUUUUCAGAGUAUUCUGGCAGAAGGAGAUAUUUGUGCUUCUCAACGUAGAGCUUCUUCAGAAGGUCUUGGUCUUUUAGCACGGCUUGGAAAUGACAUCUUUACAGCAAGAAUGACAAGAUUGCUGCUUGCUGACCUAACUGGAGCAAUGGAUUCAAACUCUGCUGGAUCAAUAGCCCUUGCUCUUGGCUGCAUUCAUCGCAGUGCAGGGGGCAUGGCAUUAUCAACUCUAGUGCCUGCAACUGUGAGCUCAAUCUCUUUGCUGGCUAAGAGUUCAAUAGCUGGUUUACAGAUUUGGUCACUGCAUGGACUCCUUUUAACCAUUGAAGCUGCUGGCUUGUCCUAUGUAUCUCAUGUUCAGGCAACACUUGGGCUUGCUCUGGACAUUCUUUUGUCUGAAGACAAUGGAUGGGUUGUUCUUCAGCAAGGAGUUGGCCGUCUUAUAAAUGCCAUUGUUGCUGUGCUUGGUCCUGAACUAGCCCCAGGCAGCAUUUUCUUUUCUCGUUGUAAGUCUGUUAUUGCAGAGAUAAGCGCUGGGCAGGAAACAGCAACAAUGCUAGAGAAUGUCCGCUUUACUCAACAACUUGUUCUUUUUGCACCACAAGCUGUGUCUGUGCACUCCCAUGUGCAGACUUUGCUUGCUACUUUGUCCUCGAGACAGCCAACUUUAAGGCAUCUUGCUGUUUCCACUUUACGGCAUCUUGUUGAAAAGGAUCCGGCGUCCAUUGUUGAUGAGCAAAUAGAAGAUCUUUUAUUUUGUAUGCUGGAUGAAGAAACUGAUAAAGAGAUUGGGGAUCUUGUGCGUACCACAAUUAUGCGAUUGCUGUAUGCGUCAUGCCCUUCUUGUUCAUCUCAUUGGAUAACAGUAUGUCGUAAUGUGAUUCUUGCCACAUCUAAAAGGAGAGACAAUGAAAGAAGUAACAACGUAGAAAAUGAUCCUCAAAAUGAUGGUGACACAAGUUUGAAUUUUGGGCAUGAUGAUGAAAACAUGGUUUCUAGUUCUAGAGGUUUACCAGCGCAUGGGAAUGCAUAUGAAGCUUCCAACAUUCUUUUAAAUCGAGAUAGACACCUCAGAUAUCGAACCAGAGUAUUUGCUGCAGAGUGUUUGAGUUGUCUACCAAGAGCUGUUGGAAAGAAUCCAGCUCAUUUUGAUCUUUCUUUGGCAAGGAAAGAACCAUUUGAUGGACGGGCAUCUGGUGAUUGGCUUGUCCUCCAUAUACAAGAACUAAUAUCACUUGCUUAUCAGAUAAGUACAAUCCACUUUGAGAACAUGCGGCCAAUUGGUGUGGGUCUUCUUGGCAGCAUUAUUGAUAAGUUCGAAAGAACAUCUGAUCCUGAGCUUCCAGGGCACCUUCUACUGGAACAGUAUCAGGCUCAACUAGUAUCUGCAAUUCGCACUGCCUUAGACUCGUCUGCUGGCCCUAUUUUGUUGGAGGCAGGAUUGCAGCUGGCUACUAAGAUACUGACAAACGGAAUAAUUAAGGGAGACCAAGUUGCAGUUAAACGGAUCUUUUCUUUGAUUUCACGCCCACUGAAUGAAUUCAAGGACCUUUAUUAUCCAUCAUUUGCUGAAUGGGUCUCAUGCAAGAUUAAGAUAAGACUAUUGGCUGCUCAUGCAUCCCUCAAAUGUUAUACAUAUGCAUUCUUGAGGAGAAAUGAGAGCGAGGUUCCGAAUGAAUAUCUAGCACUGUUGCCAUUGUUCUCAACGAGUUCAAGUAUACUUGGCAAUUACUGGAUUAGGAUUCUGAAGGACUACUGUUACACCUGCAUGAGCUUGCAAAUUAAGAAGAAGUGGAAUCCACUUCUUGAUGGAAUCCAAUCGCCUUUGGUCUCAUCAAAGUUGCAGUCUUGUUUAGAGGAAUCCUGGCCCGUAAUUUUGCAAGCACUUGCACUGGAUGCAGUUCCUAAGAAUCUUGAGGAGAAUAGACAUGCUGAAAUCACUGUUGACAAAAACUCAGGAAAUAGCUUAUUGUCUGGAUAUAGUAUGGUUGAACUGGGAUCUGAAGAGUAUCAAUUUCUUUGGGGAUGUUCUUUGCUUGUUUUAUUUCGAGGACAACAUCCAAUCCGAUGUAAACUGAAAAUUCCAUUGAAUUGUGCUAAAUCUAACCAUGAGGGAGAGCCACCUAAUGAAGAUUUAGAUUCUCCAGCGGUGAAUUUGUACGAGAUUGUGUUACCAGUAUUCCAGUUUCUCUCAACCAAAAGAUUUGCGAGUGCGGGUUUUCUUACUCUGGAUAUAUGUAGAGAAUUGUUACAGGUUUUUUCAUAUUCCAUAUACAAGGAUAAUUCGUGGAAUAGCCUUUCCAUAUCUGUUUUUUCACAGAUUGUGCAGAACUGCCCCGAGAGCUUUUUUGAAAUGGAAAAUUUUGCUUAUUCAGCAAUGGAGCUUUGCAUGGCUUACCUCUUUAAGCUGUUUAAGAGAACUAAUGCAAUAUCACUUGAUCCUCUGCACUGGGAGGAUUCUAUAUCUUCUCUAUUUGUUAUAGCAAAAACACUAGUGAAGUAUUUUGAACCAAAGAAGCAAUUAACAUCAGUGGCUUUGGCAUUUCUUUUAAUUGGUUACAAGUGCAUUGGAGUAGCCUCAACUGACUUGUGCUUAUCCAAAGUUAAUGAUUUUUCCAAGAGCACUGGUAUUUUAUUGAAGAAAUUUAUUGAUGAUAAAUCUGAUAUCGGUGAUGACUUUAUUCAUUAUAUGCAAAUGAUACUUGGCGCUUGUCUCAAUGCGAUGUCUAAUUUGUCCAAGGAUUGCAUCGAGAGUAUUCAUCUAGUGGAGAAUAAAUCUGAUUUGCGCAUAUCACUGCAGGCGCAGCUUGUUUUCUCUCUUGAACAAAUCAUAUCAUUUGCUAAGCUUGUUCAUGACAUGGAAUUUCUUGAAGAAAAUGGAGAUAGUGACCCUGUAUUCUUAAUGAUGUACAAAAAUUGCACUAGAUGCAUUCAUACUGUACUCGGUGAUUCAAAUAUACAGGUUCAAGCAAUUGGGUUGCAGGUGCUAAAAGGCAUGGUACAAAAAAGCACAAAUGUAGAAGAUAACACUUUUCUAAUAUACUUUGCUGGUGAAUGCAUUAAAGAUAUCUUCAUGAUAAUCCAGAAGACGUUGAAGAAACCUAUUACUAAAGAAUCGACAACUGUUGCUGGUGAGUGCUUGAAAUUCUUAGUGCUUCUGCAAACAGUGUCAAAAGAUAGUGACUGUCAGAGAGGGUUUAUGAACCUACUUCUUGAAGCGAUUGUCAUGGUUAUCUUGGCUUCAGAAGACAGUUAUUCUCAGGAACUCAAUGAUGUAAAAAAUACAGCUAUAAGAUUUGUUUCUCAUCUUGCACAAAUUCCUUCCUCAGCAGUAUAUUUCAAGGAUGCCUUGUUGUCUAUGCCUGUAACACACCGGCAGCAACUGCAGGGGGUCAUCCGUGCAUCUGUAACUCAGGAACAAAAUGCAACACAAGUAAAACCCGCAACGCCAUCUUUAGGAAUACAAUUACCAUUACCAACGGUGGGAAUUAGAGAGGAAAGUCACCAGCCAUCAGCUGCUACAAUGCAUUCUAAUAAGGAUGAAAUGGAAGAAGAUGAGGAGGAUGAAGAUGACUGGGAUGCAUUCCAGUCUUUUCCUGCCUCUGCAAAUGCAGCCGGGGCUGAUUCAAAUGUAGAAAGCACUGUUAAAGAACCUGACCAAGUUGAAGAUUCUUCUGUUACAAAAAUGGAUAUAGGGAAUGACUCUUUUCAAGAAAACUCUAUGUCCCAACCUUCUAACUCUACAGACAAGAUCAGUGUUACAGACCAAGAGGCUGGUGAAGGGGAGAUGGUAUCUGCUGGCCAAGGUGAUCCGAUGCCGGAAGAGAGAAAUAUUACUUAUUAUGGAAUUGAAGUGGAACAACCAUGUCGUUCCCAAAGCGAUGGAGAUGUAAUUGAGCCAAAUGAUCAGAACUACGAGAGAGAAGUCCCGGGAGAAGAGAGGGAAGAGCGAGAUGUGUCAAGCAAAUUAACCGAACAAAUUCCAUCUGACCUUAACCCAGUUGAGGAAGCAGAAGGAUCAGAAGUGGGUUUAGACAAGGAUCAUGAAUUGAGAAAGGAGAGCUCAGACACUAGAAUUGAACCGCUACUAUCAGCAUCGGAUCCUUUGACUACUGAUAUAGAAGCAGUUGAUUCAAAGGACGUAAUGCAGCUUACAGAAGCUGAUAAAGAUUCACAAAAGGAGCCGAUGGCUGAAAAGGAGAGUGAUGAACAACAGCUUAAAGAGAGCAGUAAUGAGUUAAAAUCACCCAUAAGUGAAUAAAGCGUUACUGCUAGUUUUAACUUAGUUAUACGUAUCUUUUAAUUUAUUUUAUCAAAUUUUUUGUUCGUACUUGUUAGAUCGACUGGAUUAAUUAUGUUUUUAUUUUUAUUUUUUUAUAUCAUUUUUUUAAUCAAUUUUCUUUUAAAUAAAAUCUGUCCUUUCAAAUUUAGUAGGA